GGGGGACACAACAACUCAACUCCAAACAAGACAAACUAAACCAUUACAUUUGCUACUAAACCAUUACAUUUGCUGGUUUUAGCAAGCUUCGGAUCGUUCCUGCUUUGGCCUCACUUCAAGUUGUGGUGGCAGAAGUUUCAGAAAGCUUCCCUGAACCAUCGGAGGAGUAGGAGGUGGCCGAUCACAGGCCGAUCUUGUCGUUGUUUCAGACGAAUCCGAUGUCUCUGAUGAUCCGGUUUACUAUCUGCAACCGAAAUCGGGAGCAAGAGUUUGAUGUCAGUGUUGACAUAGGAUCAUCUGAGUAAAACGGCGGAUAUCCUACUAGCAUUUCAUACAUGAUAUUUCCGAGAGACCACCUAGAGAGCAUUUAUUUGAGCACACUGCAUUAGAGUCCUAUGUAAAGUGCAAGCAUAAGAGUCCCAUCAAGAUGUAUACUCGAAUCUGAUGGGCAUGUAACCUCGAAUUCUAUGAUAAUGCAAGGUUUAUCUAGUUUAUUUGGGACAGAAGGAGAAAUGAUGAUCCUGACUCUUAUCACUGAAUCUCACCAUCAGAUGUUAUGGUCACUUAUUGGAAGAUCUCUUUCUGUAAAGAUACAGGCUUCAAGAACACUUGUUGCACAACCUGUGACCACAAAGGUCGCAACUUUAGAGGACCCAAUUCAACUUUCUUCAUACACAAAAAUUAUCCAUGCAAACAGAGACAUCAGCAGAUACUCUUGUUGUUUCAGGGACGGAUCAAGCCGCAUGCUUGCAGACAUUGUCAAUUCACAGAAAGCUCACACACGACAUGACCAACAUGACUACAUAUUGUACUUGUGCUCUGCUAGUUACAGUGACAACUCCAUUUCUCGAGUCCCCGGAAAGAAAACAGUUUGUCCUAAACCAAAGCCUUCUAUUCUUGAUCUCAACUUGCCUUCCAUCACAAUCCCAAACCUCAGAGAAGAAGUUACUCUCAUAAGAACUGUAAAUAACGUUAGACCCCUAAAUUCUAUAUACAAAGUCGUGAUCGAUAAACCCUAUAGCACCAAUGAAACUAGUGUUUAA